AUGUCGUCUACUGUUCAUCCUUCGCGCAAAGAGCUGAAAGAGGUGGGCAUGGUGGGCGCCGCAAAUUCUACCAAAACACUGGCGGACCUUCCAGGACCAUUAAGCCUUCCCGUGAUAAAAACAGCCUGGACUUGGCUGCUUCUUGGAUUCCCACUUGGGAAACGAAUGUUACCGUUACAAGCCGAAAGUAUUAAAAAAUACGGCAAGAUCCACCUAAUUGAGAUUUCGGGAGUGAAAGCCGUCCAGCUUAGCGAUCCUGCAGAUGUCGAGACUGUGUUGCGAAAUGAACCGAAAUACCCGCAACGGCUUAAUUUUCCUAUCUUGGAGUAUUAUCGAGAAAAACGCAAGAAAAAACCUGGAUUGUUUUUCGCCAAUGGUACCGUAUGGCACAACUACCGAAGUGUCAUGAGCAAGCCAAUGCUUCGGCCUGUGGAAGUUGCAGACUACUCCUCCGCGUUCAACGAAAUUGUCUCUGCUUUCUGCGAUAGAGUGAGAAAUAUUCGAGAGCGCCCGGGUUCUGAGAGAGAAAAUGAAGUUAUAGGACUCGACGAGGAACUUUUUAAUUGGUCCUUCGAGUCGGUUGCCGAAGUGGUAUUUGACAAAAGAUUUGGGUGUUUGGAUGCGCAAGUUAGCGAGGAUUCUCAGGCUUUCAAGAUAGCCGUCGGAGCGUUUCUUGAGCACUUUACGGCAAGUGCUUUUUUUCCGAUUUGGUUUGUGAAGAUCUUCGAACCGACACCCGUGAAAAAGAUGUUUGACAACUUUGAUAAGAUGUACGAUUAUGCUGAAAUGUUUAUCGAGAAAAGAUUGAAGGAGUUAGAAGAACAGGAAAAGAUGAAACCAAAGGAAAGGGAAAGUGGAGGGAAAGUGGGAUUUUUUGAAUUUCUCCUGUCGAGUGGCAACCUUACCAAAGAGGACUUGCUUUCGAGCGUGAUUGAUAUUCUAUUCGGUGGAAUUGACACAACUUCCAACACAAUGCAGUGGGUGAUUUAUAUGAUGGCGCGAAACCCAGAUAAACAAGCCAUUCUCCGACGAGAAGUAUUGUCUGUACUGGGCGAACAAAAGCAUGCAUCGCCAGAUACAAUUGCCCAAAUGCCUUACCUCAGAGCCUGGGUAAGAGAAACCCUUCGGUUAUAUCCGCCAGUUACGAUCCUCAUUCGAAUUAGCAACAAAGACCUGAUUUUAAGCGGGUAUCACAUCCCCGCAGGCACUGAGCUGCACUUGCUUCCUUAUCAGAUGAGUCGAGAUGAAAAUGUAUUUGAGGAGCCCAACGCUUUCAGACCAGAGAGAUGGCUUCGUGGUAAAAAAGUCAGCCUACAAAACAGUAAGGUUGUUGAAGCCAAAGAAGUAUUUUCUUCCCUUCCUUUUGGAUUUGGCAGGCGAAUGUGUAUUGGCCGCCGUAUAGCCGAGCUUGAACUCCAUCUUCUGUUAGCCAGAAUCGUUCAGCAGUUUGAGAUUCGUUACCCUCCUGACGCAGAUGAUGUGGAGCCUUUUUUCAGGGGGCUUAUGAUUCCUGACAGACCAGUGAGAGUGAAAUUCGUGGAUCGAAACAAAUGAACUCUGCCGCCACGACUGGACGCUGUUCUUAUGCUAUAACUUCUCACAUUAAACUGAUUGGCUGUUUCUUGAGUAAAUUACCCAUCCGUAAUCUAGAUACAGUGAAACUUGGCCGCUUACCAUUUACCCGUGUAAACGGGAAAUUUUGGCUGGUCGCUUACGGAAGUUUUGGUUAUAUAAUCGUUAAAUGGCUAUUCAUGCCAUUUCCAUCCGAAUCGUUUGUGUAAAUAGUAAGCAUCCAGUAUUUAGUGGGCCCCAUAUGAACCGCACAUACCGUAUUAAGCUUCAGUGAGCUCCAAACGUUUCUUGAAUCUUAAAAAGAACCUGUAUUUAACGGACACCUGUAUUAAGAGGACACAAGCGAGGGUCUCGACUGUCCGCUUAAUACAGUUUUCACUACGUACAUUCCAGGCAUUGAAUCGUCAUUACUAACAUCAACGUCACAGCCAUUGUCAUCGUCAUCAUCAUCAUCAUGUAAGUGUGUAAAUGACGCCAUAGAACACAGGUCUUCGGCGAGUUUUACUGAAAUGUGAAUGCCACACCCCUAACCUGUGUUUCCUUUUUACGGGAUGCUCACUCGCGGAUACACUCAAGAUUAGUAACUCGUCGUACGUGUUGCUCAAGGGGUGAACAAUCAAUGUCUUCUUCUGUAAACACAGCCUAUAUUACCAGCAUCGGAAUUUGCCCAAGUGACAAUGAAAGUAGGAAAGUGUACUGACAGUUUUCAAUGUUAAAUUGAAUGGUAAAGAACCAGUGCAAAAGGCGACAGCUCGUGUCUGAACGAUUAGACUUAACAGCAUUUGCUGCGACAGACCUUAUAAGAAUAAAAGUUAGAAGAAAGUUUUCAUUGUCACUGCAAGUUAUUAUCAUUGUGCUAGAUUUUAGAAGAAUUAUGCCGCCCAAGUAUGCGUAUUAUCAGAAAGCUUCCGUCUUUUUCGCGCUAUAAUAGUUACUGCAGGAUUGUUUUGCGGUUCCCAACCAACAGCUACAACUUACUUAUGUACGUUGGAGCUGCCGCUUAAAAGGAAAACGGAAAACAUGGCCUGUGAUUUGAGGCAAUGCCAUUUUUCUAGUCUUUUUAGGUUGUUCAGUUGAUUUGGAUAAACUUUGUGGCGGGUCGUUCCUCAACCUAACCACGUUAAAUUUUACAGUUGAUGUUUAUGCACACGAUUUCUCCCCGGGUGGGUGGUUUGUGUAAAUUGCAAGCACCCCAUCUGGUUACUGUAACGAUAGCGGUCCCAAACACUUAAGAAGGACGCUGGCGAUACAUUCAACCUUUAAAUGUCCGCCCAGAAAUACAACAACAACCAAGCACAUGUUUUCUGAUCACAUGACUGAAGACCACAGGCAGACCAUGACAUUUACUAUUCAAGAUGAUCAUGUACCCCUGAGCUAAAGGAGACUCAUGGUAGCUGAGGCCACGAACUAGCCUGUGUACAGACCCCCCCCUCCCCUCCCCUCUAGAAAAAUUGGAGAAGGCCUUCGAUUUUUCCUGAGGGGAGGGGGGGGUCUGUACACAGGCUAGCCACGAACACAUCCAGGUCUUUCGAAAAGAAACAAGAAAUCAAACAUGUGAAAUUUAUGCACGCAUUCAAAUGGAAUAGCUUGAAACAAUUGACGUUGUAUUGGACUUGCUGGUGAGCAUCGAACCAGAAACUAACGUUGGCAACGAUGAAACAAAACAAUGUCAACAAACAACAAAAAACAAAACAAAAACAAGCAAUGACGUUGUGUUAAAAACUGAUUGCGUUAUGAUCAUUUUAUUCAAGAGACAAAUUUAUUAUCAUGGUGUGCAUUUAGGGAUGAGAAAGAUAGUUCUGAUACAACGCUUUUGUUUCUGGUUUCUCGUUUCAGUAUCUUCACUAAAUAUUGUCUUUGAUUUUAGAAAUUAACACCCUCACAUUAAACACCGAAGGCAUAGAGUACGAAUCAAGACAAAACAACGUCGACAAACGUCGUUCAAAUUAUAGACUUCCUUCCGACCAAUUGACUAAAUCAAGUUGGUCAAGUUGCAGUAAUUCAUGAGUCUUCUUUACAAAUUAAUGCGUUGCAAUGGACCGUAACAGUCUUUCUAAAGCACGAAUUAAACAAUGUGAAAUGCAAGAAUAGUGUAAAAAAAUAGGCCAAAUCUCUUUACUCGCCAAUACUUUUUGACUCAGUGUACCAGUCUUUACAGACUUUACAGGACCGGAGAAAUAAUGAUCUAUUGUGUCCACUCACAAAUUUCGAAAAAAAGGAAUCUCUUUGUAAAGUCCUGAAAAAAAAAUUGUUUUGCGCGUGAAGCCACUGCAGAAGGCUUCAGUUGAGUGCUCAAAUGAUAUGAUAGAAGUUUUGAUUAGUAAUGGUUACUGUAGGCAGGGACGCGUGAAGCCGGACGCGUCAAUAGGGAGCUAAUUAGGGCCAAUAUUUUUUCGAGAAUUAAUUUUGCUACUGGGUAAACAAAACCCUGUUACGUACCUUCAUGAGUGAACCUGGAAUAAAAAACGAAAUUUUCCCAUUUUCCUUUCCGUUUUAUCAGCCAUGUAUUUUUGUUUGCAUGCGUUACUUUGGCAGCAGUAUUUUGGUCAACUGUAUGCAUGACCUUAGCUUGUGUGACGUAACUAACGGACAUUUGCAUUCAAUUUAUAUCUAUUUCAGAAUGUGAUAUGUGAAUAGGAAAGGAAUUUUGUCUUUUACAUUUUGUAGGUAAAACCGAACCAAUGGCAUAUUUAGCAAGAGUCAAGUUGACUGCCGCUAAAGUGGCGUACCUUCCUAGCAGAUAUCCACGUCUUUUCAUUUUUCGUGCAACUAGAAUGGCCAUGUCGUCUACUGUUCAUCAUUCGAGUGAUGCAGGCGCCGCAAAUUCCAUCAAAACACUUGCGGACCUUCCAGGACCUUUAAAUCUUCCCAUAAUAAAAUCAGCCUGGACUUUGUUGCUUCUUGGAUUCAGUGGAGAACCUCUUGGGAAACGAAUGUUACCGUUACAAGCCGAAGGUAUUAAAAAAUACGGGAAGAUUUACCUCAUUGAGAUUCCUGAUUUUAAAGCCGUCCAGCUUAGCGAUCCUGCAGAUGUGGAGACAGUGUUGCGAAAUGAACCGAAAUACCCGCAACGGUUUAGGUCUCCUAUCUUCGAUUAUUAUCGAGAAAAACGCAAGAAAAAACCUGGAGUGUUUUUCGCCAAUGAUACCGUAUGGCACAACUACCGAAGUGUAAUCAGCAAGCGGAUGCUUCGGCCUGUGGAAGUUGCUGACUACUCCUCCGCGUUCAACGAAAUUGUCUCUGCUUUCUGCGAUAGAGUGAGAAAUAUUCGAGAGCGCCCGGGUUCUGAGAGAGAAAAUGAAGUUGUAGGACUCGACGACGAGCUUUUUAAAUGGUCCUUCGAGUCGGUUGCGGAAAUGCUGUUCGACAAGAGAUUUGGCUGUCUCGAUGCACAAGUUAACGAGGACGCUCAGGCUUUCAUAACAGCCAUCGGAGAAUUUCUUGAGCAGACCAUGGCGAGCAUUUUUUAUCCGAUUUGGCUUGUGAAGAUCUUCGAACCGAAACCCGUCAAGAAGAUGUUUGACAACUUUGAUAAAAUGUACGAUUAUGCUGAAAUGUUCAUCGAACAAAGAUUAAAGGAGUUAGAAGAACGGGAAAAGAUGAAACCAGAUGAAAGGGAAAGUGAAGGGAAAAUAGGAUUUUUUGAAUUUCUCCUGUCGAGUGGAAACCUAACAAAAGAGGACUUACUUGCGAGCGUGAUUGAUAUUCUGUUUGCGGGAGUGGAAUCAACUUCUAAUACAAUGCAGUGGGUUAUAUAUCUGUUGGCCAGAAACCCAGAGAAACAAGCAAUUCUCCGACAAGAAGUGCUGUCUGUACUCGGCGAACAAAGGCACGUAUCGCCAGAUACAAUUGCCCAAAUGCCUUACCUCAGAGCAUGGGUGAGAGAAACCCUUCGGUUAUAUCCGCCGCUAACGAUCCUUAGUCGAAUUUCCAGCAAAGACCUGAGUUUAAGCGGAUAUCAGAUCCCCGCGGGCACGGAGCUACACAUGCAUAUUUAUCACAUGAGUCGAGACGAAAACGUGUUUCUGCAACCCACUGCUUUCAGACCAGAAAGAUGGCUUCGCGAUAAAAAAGACAACCUAAAGAGCAACAUGUUUUAUGAAGCCAAAGAAGUUUUUUCUUCCCUCCCGUUUGGAUUUGGCAUGCGAAUGUGUAUUGGCCGCCGUAUAGCCGAGCUUGAACUCCAUCUUCUGUUAGCCAGAAUCGUUCAGCAGUUUGAGAUUCAUUACCCUCCUGGCGCAGAACUUGUCGAGCCAUUUGUAAGGGGAAUUCUUAUUCCUGACAGACCAGUAAGAGUAAAGUUCAUGGAUCGAAACAAAUGA